AUGGGCAAUCGCGAUCCCACCACCCUCUCCAACUACUCUGCCUGGCGCACCAAGCACACCACCGUCAACUUCAAGCUAGAUUUUGACCAAAAAUUCCUCAAGGGCACUGCUACGCUGCAACUUGAAAGCCAAACGGACAAGGAGAGCAGGGAAGUCAUCCUCGACACCAGGUUCAUCAACGUUCAGGGCGUCAAUGUCAAUUCCACGCAGACCAAGUGGGAGUUGAAGCCUCACAGUGACCCCUUUGGCGCUCCUCUCCACGUUUCUGUUCCCGAGGGCGCUGCCAAGGGAGACGUCAUCAACGUUGCUAUUGAUCUGGAGACGACGGCCAAGUGCACCGCGUUGCAAUGGUUGACUCCUGCGCAAACGUCCAACAAGAAGCAUCCGUACAUGUUCUCGCAAUGCCAGGCUAUUAAUGCGAGAUCCAUCUUUCCCUGCCAGGAUACUCCUGAUGUCAAGUCGACUUUUACCUUUAAGUUGACUUCUUCGUUGCCCGUCGUGGCUAGUGGUGUUCCGGUUGGGGAUCACACGCCCGCGGUGGGCACGGAGAAGACGUAUGAGUUUGAGCAAAAGGUUCCCAUUCCUUCGUACUUGUUUGCCGUGGCUUCUGGUGAUAUUGUCGCUGCCAAGAUUGGAUCCAGGAGCGUGGUUGUUACUGGGCCGAAUGAGUUGGAUGACUGCAAGUGGGAGCUGGAGAGGGAUAUGGACAAGUUUAUGGACGUUGCUGAGAAGCUUGUCUUUCCUUAUAAGUGGGGAGAGUACAAUGUUCUCGUUCUGCCUCCCAGCUUCCCUUACGGAGGCAUGGAGAAUCCCAUUUACACCUUUGCCACGCCAACCAUCAUCAGUGGGGACCGCCAGAAUGUAGACGUUAUCGCCCAUGAACUGAGCCACAGUUGGAGCGGUAACCUGGUUUCCAAUGCAAGCUGGGAGCACUUCUGGCUCAACGAAGGAUGGACCGUCUACCUCGAACGCAGAAUCCAGUCUGCCAUUCACGGCGAGGCUGAAUUCGACUUUUCCUCCAUUAUUGGCUGGAAAGCCCUUGAGGACUCUGUCGAACUCUUCGGAAAGGACCACGAAUACACCAAGCUCAUCAUCAGCCACAAGGACGUCGAUCCCGAAGACGUCUACAGCACCAUUGCCUACGAAAAGGGCUUCCACUUCCUGUACUACCUCGACAGACUAGUCGGCCGCGAAGCCUUUGACAAGUUCAUCCCCCACUACUUUACCAAGUGGUCCGGCAAGUCUCUCGACUCUUUCGAGUUCCGUGACACGUUUAUGGACUUCUUCAAUGGCCUAGGCGACGAGGCUAUCAAGCAGAAGAUUGCCACGAUUGACUGGGAAGGCCGCUUCUACACGCCUGGCCUGCCUCCCAAGCCAGAUUUCGACCUAAGAAUGGUGACUGCCUGCUACGAAUUAGCCACGAAGUGGCAAGAUGCCUCAUUCGAACCCAAGCCCGAAGACGUUUCAUCCUUCACCGCCAACCAAAAAAUCGUCUUCCUAGACAAACUCCAAGAAUCUGGGCCCCUCUCCUCGGAGCGAGCCCAGCAGCUAGGCAAGAUCUACGACUUCAUCACUUCCAAGAACGUGGAGCUCAAGUCAUCCUACUACCGCGUCGCCCUGGACGCCAACGACCCAACCUGCGUGUAUGGCGUCGCAGAGCUACUCGGCUCCGUUGGCCGCAUGAAGUUUGUGCGUCCUUUGUUCAGAGGCUUGAACAAGGUGAAUCGUGAGUUGGCCCUCGAGACAUUUGCCAAGAACAAGGAGUUUUAUCACCCCAUCUGUAAGGGAAUGGUUGAGAAGGAUCUAGGCAUUCAGGGAUAG